UCUGGCUGCUGCUCGGUGCUCACACAAGGCAGUGGGGAAGUGUACGAGCAGACUUGCAAUAUUGUUACGACUGCACUGUGCUCCAGCAGUCACUUAGCUCCAUUCCAAAAGUUGGGUGGGGAAGAUUUGCAGCUGCUUAGAAGUUGCAGAGGGGUUUCUGAACUCUUGACAGCUUGUAUUCUAUGUUCCAAUGUUACUGAGGGUUUCGUACAGCAACCUGGUGGAUGUACAAAGCUAUAUGAUCUCUUGGUCUCUUGUGUUUGUAUUGAGGGCACUGGCCCCUCCUGCACACAGAUCAGGCAUUUGAGCAAGGGAAUUCCGCUCUGUGUUCAGCUCCAGGAGAGAGAUCAGCUUCCUUUACAUCAGAUCUUGUGAUAUAUAUUUAUGUUGAAUUUGCCAUUUCUGGAGUAUUGGCUGCUGAUGAAAGCAGACCCCAUCACCCCAUCACUGACCAGCACAUGAAAAAAAAAAUCUGUUUUUCUAUUGAGCUCUGCAAGGAAAUUGGACCAGUUGAUAUAAGGGGAUCUUGCUGGAUUAAUCUGUCGCUUUGUAAAAGGGUCGCACAGGUUGGCAGCAUCCUGGUGCCGUUUAACCAGCCCUGGAGUCCAAGAUUCAGCAUCUGUGUUAAUCUGCAGAAAGAUGAUAAGAAAACAGACUCUGAUCUGAGAAAAUCUUGACGGGUCUGUAACCUCGUGUGAGCUGAGUUUCCGUUACAGAGAGAGCAAGCUCAUGCAGUUCUUUGCUUUAGACAGAAGCAAUUGGACAUGGUACACUCAGAGAGAAGAGCAGGGAAGCACUCCUUAUAACAAGAGGCAAAGUCAAACCCAGUUAACAUCUGGAGCAAGAGGACUCUGUGGGAGAUUUGGAGCUGUCUAGUGCAGCUACUGUGCUCUUAAACAGAAUAAGGCAAUUGUGUGACUCGUAGAUUCUCACUCUGGUAUCUCCCAGGAAGCAAAGUGUUCUGUCUCAAGAGCUAAAGAUCUAAAGGCUGCUGUUUUGUGAGGUUCACUUUAAAGAGAGGAGAGAAUUGAUGCCAGUUAUUUCAACUGAGCACAUCAAGUAAUCAUUCUUUUUAUGCCUUCUGAAUCCAAGUCUUUGCUGAUUUCUUUUGAUUUCAUCUGACAAGCAGACUCAGCCUGAAUCCCUUGUGCUUUUCCGAAACCAAGGGGCAGGGACACGUUGCCCCCAGCCCUGUCCUUUGUAUGCCCCCCGAGCAGCUUGCUCUGCCCUCUUCGUACGCACCGGUGAUGCCAUGCCCCGCAACCAUGGUGGAGGUGAUGAGGGAGGCUCCGGGCUCUGGAUGAAGAGCAGAACUGGAGGGAGAGGACGAGGUAGAGACCGCUACUACGGCAUGAAGGAUGUGGAGUCCGGCCGAGGGAACAGGGUGUUGUUGAACUCCAAUCGGGGAGACGGCUUGCUUUUGCUGGGGACAGGAGAAGCAGCCAGGGGAGGUAUUGGAGCAGGAGGUACCUUGCAGGAAAGUCGCAGGGGGAAGCAGGGAGCUCGCAUGAGCUUGCUGGGGAAGCCACUAUCUUAUAACAGCAGCCAAACCUGCAGAAGGAACGUCAAGUACAGGAGGCUACAGAACUACCUGUACAACGUGCUUGAAAGACCCAGGGGCUGGGCUUUUGUCUACCACGUCUUUGUUUUUCUCCUUGUCUUCAGCUGCUUGAUUUUAUCAGUGUUUUCCACCAUCCCUGAACAUCAAGACCACGCUUCAUACUGCCUCUUUGUUCUGGAAUUCGUCAUGAUUGUUGUGUUUGGUUUGGAGUAUAUUAUUCGUAUAUGGUCUGCUGGCUGCUGCUGUCGAUACCGAGGAUGGCAGGGAAGGUUAAGGUUUGCCAGGAAACCAUUCUGUGUAAUAGAUAUCAUUGUUCUCAUUGCAUCCGUAGCAGUUGUAUCUGCUGGAACUCAGGGUAACAUUUUUGCAACAUCAGCACUUCGGAGUCUUCGAUUCCUACAAAUUCUACGUAUGGUGCGCAUGGAUCGAAGAGGAGGUACAUGGAAACUACUAGGGUCUGUUGUUUAUGCACAUAGUAAGGAACUCAUUACAGCCUGGUAUAUAGGAUUUCUAGUUCUCAUCUUUUCAUCUUUCCUUGUGUACCUGGUGGAAAAGGAAGGAAAUGCUGAAUUUCAAACAUACGCAGAUGCUUUAUGGUGGGGUACGAUUACUUUGACAACCAUUGGUUAUGGAGAUAAAACUCCGCGCUCAUGGCUGGGAAGAUUACUAUCAGCAGGAUUCGCUCUACUGGGAAUUUCUUUCUUUGCACUGCCUGCAGGCAUUCUUGGCUCAGGAUUUGCUCUAAAAGUUCAGGAACAACAUCGACAAAAGCAUUUUGAGAAAAGGAGAAAUCCUGCUGCUAGUUUAAUUCAGUGUGUAUGGCGUAGUUAUGCGGCUGAUGAGAAAUCGGUUUCCAUUGCUACCUGGAAGCCUCAUUUGAAGGCCUUGCAUACCUGCAGCCCUACAAAGAAAGAACAAGGAGAGACAUCUGGCAGUAAGCUUUGUAGUAAUAAACAGAAGCUCUUCAGGAUGUACACCUCUCGGAAACUGAGCCAGAAAUUAAGCUUUAAGGAGCGUGUACGCAUGGCAAGCCCAAGAGGGCAAAGUAUAAAAGGCCGGCAAGCAUCAGUUGGAGAUCGGCGUUCACCUGGUACAGAUGUUGGUACAGAUGGAAGCCCAACGAAAGUGCAAAAAAGCUGGAGCUUUAAUGAUAGGACGCGUUUUCGACCUUCUCUUAGACUGAAGAGUUCUCAGCCUAAACCAAUUACUGAUACUGAUGUCAGCCUUGGAACAGAGGAAGUACACGAUGAAAAAGGAUGCCACUGUGAUGUAUCAGUUGAGGAUCUAACACCUGCGCUUAAAACUGUCAUCCGUGCGAUAAGGAUCAUGAAAUUUCACGUAGCAAAAAGGAAAUUCAAGGAGACAUUACGCCCAUAUGAUGUGAAGGAUGUGAUUGAACAGUAUUCUGCUGGACACCUAGAUAUGCUAUGCAGAAUAAAAAGUCUUCAAACACGCGUUGACCAAAUUCUUGGAAAAGGUCAGAUUACAACAGACAAGAAGAGUCGUGAAAAGAAUGCUUCAGAAAUUGAGACAGCAGAUGAUAUCAGUAUGUUGGGUCGAGUAGUUAAAGUUGAGAAGCAGGUACAAUCAAUUGAGUCAAAACUAGACAGCCUACUUGAUAUCUACCAACAGGUCUUAAAGAAAGGAUCUGCCUCAGCACUGACUUUGGCGUCAUUCCAGAUGCCACUCUUUGAAUGUGAACAAACUUCAGAUUAUCAAAGUCCCAUAGACAGCAAAGAUUUGUCCAGUUCUGCACAGAACAGUGGAUUUAUAACUAGAUCAGCCAGUGCCAACAUCCCUCAUGGAUUACAACUUGUACUCACACCAAAUGAAUUUAACACUCCUGCUUACUAUGGAUUCAGUCCAACAACACAUAGUCAAGUAACGCAGGUAUCAGCGAAUCCAAGUGAUGGACCUUUAACAAUGGUUACCAAUAGUGUAUCAAACCAAAUAAGCCAGGCUUCAAAGCCAGCAGCACCAACAACAUUGCAGAUACCAGCUGCACCAUCCUUAAAGCAUGUCAACAGACCAGAGCCUAUUCACAUAAUUCCUGUGACUACAAAAGAAGACAUUUGUGAUGUCACUGCCUGCCUUGUUGCCUCAAAAGAAAGUGUACAGCCUGCACAACCCAGUCUAACUAAAAAUUUUGUAAGGAGGAAAAGCCUUGAUGCAAAUAGUGGGGUAUUAUCGUCAGUCCCAUUUAAACACAAGGAUUUUGGAAAAUCAAUUUCUGUGCAAAACCUGAUCCAAUCCACAGAAGAACUUAAUGCACAGCUUUCAUGCAGUGACUCAAGUGUCUCCAGAGACAGCCAAGAUGUAUAUCCAGAGUGGAGGGAAUCUAAACUGUUUAUAGCCGAUGAAGAGCUGGAGACAGAGCAGGAGACUGGGGAUGUUGCGUCCCAGUCUACGGAGGACACCAGUUUGUUAUCCGACACUCUGAGGACUGGAAUAGCAAGAUCAUCUCAAAGCAUUUAUAAAUCUAGGGAUGGUUCAGAAACACUUAGCCCUCCACAUGUUAAACACAAAUAACACUUGGAUUUAUUUUUUUAUAGGCUUAAAAAUUCCUUUAGUCAUACAUAUCAUUGCAUGGACUAUGUUGAAAGCCCUUAAUUAGAUUGCAACAGUGCAAGAAUCAGGAAGAAAUUGAAAGGCAGUUCUAUGAGCCCAUAUCUUCUAAUUGCAUGGAAAUGCAUGUUUAAGUGAUGGCAACAAAUUUUUAAAAACUAUAUAUAUACAUACAUACAUAAACAUACUACAAACACACACUCACACAUGCAUACAUAGAACAACAACAGCCCUACAACUUAGAAUGGUAUAUAUAUGACAUAUACUGGCAGAUCCACAAAGAAUGUGCCACUUAUGUGAUGGGUCAAAAAAGAUUAGGCAAUUAAUGGUACAUAAUGCAAACAAAGAUUCUAAAGCACUUUGAAUCUAGAUAGAUGGCACAUUUGUCCAAAUUAGAUCUAAGGUUCAUGUUUACAAAAUAAAUAAGUAAAAUGUUACAGCUGCUAGUAAGGUAACAAGAAAAGUAGUAACAUUGGAUUUGAACUGCUGCUAAUCGUGGCGAGAUACACACAUUAACUCAUUUCAAAUGGUUAUUUUAAUACUCACAUAAUAUGAAUGUUGAUUUCUGUAUAUUUUUGGUGAAUUAGUGUUGUGACAAAAAGAAAAAAAAAAUGAAAAUUGACACAUCACGUCUGGGUUGUUCUUUGUAAUAAGAACAUUAUUUUGCUAUAAAAAAAAAUGAAAAAAUUAUUACACCUGGGGGAAAAUGUCACUGCAGUCUUAACCGUACUAAAUGCUGUAAACUCUAUUGUGAAGGACUUGAACUGUUUACUAUGAAAUAAGUUCUGCCUCCAUAUCUGUUCUAAAGAAGUAUUCUUGGAUGUUCAAUGAUAGCCUUGUUAUGUGAACGUACAUACAUACUGUAUAUUGUACAUAUGGUGUCCAUGUCUAUAAAACAUACAACGGGGACAUAAUUUCAGGACAGAAUGAGUGAGGUGCAUCCAAUUUAAUCAUAUUUCUGUUUCUUCAAAUAUAGACACCCACAUACAAACAUGUGUGUUUAUAUAUAUAUAUGUAUAUAUAUAUGUGCACGUGUGUUAAGUAUAUAUUUUCAAUGGCCAUAAUUUAACAAAGCCGUUUAAUCUAUAGCAAGCAUAUGCACCACUCCAGGGUCAAGGAAACACCAUCUCCACUCCUGAAAUGAUGCCCCUGAUUUAUGAAUGAAUAGCUGUGUUUAAUAAAUCAGUCUAGAGGAUCAAAUUUUGGAUAACCAAUUCUAAAACAUGUCUGAAGCACAAUUAGCCAAUCACUGUUUGCCAUGUCAAAUGUCAUUUGGUUUUCUGUUUGAUUAGUAAAAUGGCAGUAUAGGCGUGCUAAAAACCUAUUUACUAAUCAUGUUUUGUGACAUUAACUAAGUUUUCUCAACAUCUCAACUCAUUUUAGAAAUAACUUAUUUUGAAUGUCUGUAUAUGUUUAGCCAAAUAACUAUUCUGUAAACUGAAGAGUAUUGUAUAAUGUAUACAUCGAUAUUAUAUUUUAAUUUUGUUUUGUUUUUAAUUUUUUUGUUUUAUUUUUUUAAAUUUCACGUGCCUUUAUUUCAUUUUACGGAUCUCAUAUCUCAUGGGUCUGCAUUUUGGUUAAUAGAAGAUACAGUGUAUGAAAAAUUAUCAUUUUUUUUUUUUCAAGGAAAAUAUUAGUUUCAGUUAUUUUGCUUCCCUCUUUGAUUAGAAUAAGCAGGUACCAUUAAAUGAUUUUACUGAUAAUUUAUCACACAUAACUUGGUAUACUGUAUUUGCCUUAAAGAAAUGCUUGAGAGCUUGAAAUUUCUUAGUUUUAACUUAUUUAUUUAAUAAAAUGUUGUGCACA